AGAGAAGAAGCAGGCAGUUUUGAGACAGGUGGAGCUGGAUCAAGCUGUGAAAGUGAUUUGCUUAAAGCUGGUUGAUUAUGAUGCGUCAAGCUCUCUGAAGGACCAGCAUGGAGAUUGGCACUCUGAACUGUUAAUGGGGACAUGGGACUCAUGUUGUUGUUGGUCAUUUGUGUGGACUUAACCAGCAAAGAGCAACAGAAGACGCUGGAAAGACAUUGGGAAUUAUAGCAGUUUUUCAGGUCACCAAAUCUUGUUAUUUUAAUUUCUGUCUGGAAGAAUGUCUGAGCAAGGUAAAUUGAACGAGGAGACAGCAGAGGAAACUGCAAUAGAGCAGGAGACGGCCAUCUCUGAAGCAGACCCGGACAACUGUAUUCUUAGUAAAUCUGAAAGCUCAGAAGUAGAGGAGAAGGAGGAGAAGCUCAGCGAUUCCAAGACAGAGCUGCAGGUGUUACUGCCAACAAAAAGUUGUUAUGCAAAGCCUAAGAAGAAACGAGGUGCAAAUCAGAACCAGCAGAAAAAGAGAUCCAAGUCAGGAGCUAAAGGAAAACUUGUCCGGAGUCUUGCUGUGUGUGAAGAGUCAUCCCCUCGCCCAGCAGCGGAAAAUCUUCAUGAUAAUCAGGAAUCAAUCCAACUACAGCUUUCAAGUUUUCCUAGCUUACAAGAAGAAGAUAAAUCUAGUAAAGAUGACUCCGAGAAAGAAAAAGAGAAGGAUAAAAAUAAAGAUAAAAACAGUGAAAAAAGCAAGAUCAGAAUGUUAUCAAAAGAUUGCAGUCAAGAGUAUACAGACUCAACGGGCAUAGAUUUGCAUGAGUUUCUCAUUAACACAUUAAAGAAUAAUGACAGGGACAGAAUGAUACUCUUGAAAAUGGAACAGGAAAUUAUUGAUUUUAUUAGUGACAACAAUAAUCACUAUAAAAAGUUCCCUCAGAUGUCAUCAUAUCAGAGGAUGUUAGUGCACAGAGUGGCAGCUUACUUUGGAAUGGAUCACAAUGUGGAUCAGACUGGAAAAUCUGUAAUUAUCAACAAGACCAGCAAUACAAGAAUACCAGAGCAAAGGUUUUCUGAACAUUUAAAAGAUGAAAAAGGUGAAGAAUCCCAGAAGCGAUUUAUCUUGAAGCGAGAUAACUCUAGUAUUGAUAAAGAAGACAAUCAGCAAAACAGAAUGCUUCCAUUUAGAGAUGACAGACGAAGUAAAUCAAUUGAAGAGAGAGAAGAGGAGUAUCAGAGAGUGAGGGAGAGAAUAUUUGCACAAGAUUCAGUUUGCUCCCAGGAAAACCUUUUUGUGGAAAACAGUAGGCUGCUGGAAGACAAUAGCGUAUGCAAUGAUACCCAUAAGAAAAGACAGCUGUUUAGGGCUAACAGAGACAGUAUCGGGAAGACAUCUGGCAGUCGACAGAGCAGUACAGAGAAUGAAUUAAAGUGGACAGACCACCAGAGGCCAUGGAGCAGUACGGACUCAGACAGCUCAAAUCGAAAUUUGAAGCCAGCCAUAACAAAGACAGCCAGCUUUGGUGGGAUAACAGUCCUGACAAGAGGAGAUAGCUCAUCAAGUAACAGAAGUACCGGCAAACUGUCUAAAACAGGCUCAGAGUCUUCCAGCAGCGCUGGCUCCUCAGGAUCACUGUCACGAAUACAUCAGCCUCUCCAAAGUACAUCUCUUGUCCCUGGGGUGACAGCCAGCUCUUCAGGCAGUGUGUCCUACCCUGAGAAUGGGAUGAGUGGCCAGGUGGCCCCCAGCAACACCAGCUAUAUCAUUCUUCCUCUUGAAGCUGCAGGGAUACCGCCUGGCAGUAUCCUUCUCAACCCACACACAGGUCAACCAUUUGUAAAUCCUGACGGGACACCGGCAAUAUAUAAUCCUCCCAGUGGCCAGCAGACGAUGAGAAGCCAGAUAGUGGGACAGUCUCAGCAGCAGCCUUCAUCCCAGCAGCCUCAGCAGGUUCAACAGCCGCAGCAGCAAAUGGCAAGUCACCUUGUCACACAGCGAGAUGACAUGACAGCACAGUUUAACCAGAUGAGCUUAAGUCGUCAAUCAUCAGGGGACAACCCUGAAUCGCCUUCUGGUCCUGUCUACCCAUCGCCUAUCUUGCAGCAGCCUGCCCAGCAGACAGGUUACAUUAUGGCUUCCCCAAGUCAACAGCUUCCCCCAGGAGGCUUUACGGGUUCAGGUCCACCAGUAUCCCAGCAAGUGCUGCAGCCGCCGCCACCGCCCCAGGGCUUUGUGCAACAACCACCACCACCCGCUCAGAUGCCAGUGUAUUAUUACCCAUCUGGUCAGUACCCUACCUCAACAACUCAGCAGUACAGACCCAUUGCCUCAGUUCAGUACAACGCACAGCGGAGUCAACAGAUCCCACAGACUGCACAGCAAGCAGCGGACAGGUCUGCAGUGAUGCAGAAGGUGCCAGCUGUGCUCCAGCACCUCCUGCUCUCCCUGAGUCCGAGGAGCAGUGAGAUUGUCUGUGUGAUUGGUGCCCGUCAGGAGCAGCUCCGCGCAGCGACAUGCGGCUGGAAGGGGGGCCGUUACACUAUACAUGCCAUCAUUGCUCUUCUUCAUUAUGCUUCUUCUGCACCAUUCUUGUGUCCAGAGCUGCGCAAUGCCAAGUUUUUCAAAGUGUUGCCAUUGAAUGGGGCCAGGGUUGAGCUGAUGUCUGUCACAGUGUGGCAUAUGCAGGACAUCAUAGGUGGAUUCUUAAGUGCUACUCUGAGCCAGGCUCAGGAAAAGCCUGGCUCUUUCUGCGAGAUUCAACUGGUGACCAGUGAACAAGUGUGCCUAGUAACUUGCUUCCCUCACAGAAGUGGUGAUGCCACCACUGCCAGCAUGGCCAUGGUGACUGCAGUGUGGCCGAGUCCCUCUCCCGUUCUGGGUAUUAGCACAACUAAACUACAGCAACACUUAGGUCUCUUCACCCAUCCCGUUGAAGAUUUGCAGCAGGCAGGUGCAGGCAAGGUCUGUG